GCAUAUAUGAAUGAAGAGGGGGACCCGUAACCUAUAAAUAAAUUUUGGAGAUGAGUGGAAACACAAGAGUUGGCAUGGGCAUUCAUCGUCCGCUCUUUUUCCCACAACACAUCAUUCUACAGAAACACAGAAUCGACAAAUUUCUAGGAAGAUUCAUUCCCCAGCAAUUGGGUUGAUUUUUACAGAGAGAGAUGCAUACACCUAAAUCUUAGUUUUUUGCAUUUGGCGUGGGAGACAAUUAAUUAUGUUUGGAUGCAAAUGCUUUCGUUGGAGCAAACUUUCAGAUCUCUCUUCCCGUGAACCUGACACGUUUCUUCUGCCAGCACCCAUCCCUCAAUGGCCCCAAGGAUUCGCAAGUGGAACAAUUAAACUAGGGGAAUUGGAGGUUCGUAAAAUCAGCAAGCUUGAGUUUGUCUGGGGUUGUAAUCUAUCACAAGAUCGGAAACAGGGUGUAAGCAUUUAUAAGCCAAGGGAGGUGCCUGAUGGAUUUUUCAGCCUUGGCCACUACUGCCAAUCUAACAACAAGCCUCUACGAGGGUUUGUGCUUGUUGCUCGGGAAGCGGCUAAACCUGAGGUGGGGGACUAUUGCAGUGGAAAUCCUUGUUUUCCUGCGCUUCAGAAUCCCCUUGAUUACACGCUAGUCUGGAGUUCUAAUGAUGGAACGGAAGAAAAUUUUGAUGGAUCUGGUUACUUCUGGUUACCUCAACCACCUGAAGGUUAUAAAGCCAUGGGGUUCAUUACGACUACUAAUCCUGUUAAACCUGAGUUAGGGGAAGUUAAAUGUGUUCGAGCUGACCUCACUGAUGAAUCUGAAACUUACUGUUUGAUACUCAAAACCAGCUCUGUGCUUUCAGAAGUACUGGCAAUUUGGAGCAUAAGACCGCGCCAUAGAGGAAUGCAUGGUAAAGGUAUUUCAGUUGGUACCUUUUUCUGCAGUAGCUAUUGGAGCCCAGGACAAGAGCUAAACAUCGCAUGCCUAAAGAACUGUGAUACAAGUAUACAAGCAAUGCCAAACCUUGAUCAGAUUCAUGCAAUCAUUAGGCACUAUGGUCCUACUUUGUUUUUCCAUCCUGGCGAGGCAUAUCUUCCAUCUUCUGUACAAUGGUUCCUAGAAAAUGGGGCAAUGCUCUAUAUGAGAGGCGAUUCAGCUGCUAAGCCUAUUGAGACUGACGGUUCCAGUUUACCUGGUGGUGGGACAAAUGAUGGCCAGUGCUGGAUUGAUUUGCCUAGCGAUGCUCGGAGGGAUAUUAUCAUGUUUGGAAAUUUACAGAGUGCAAAACUUUAUGUUCAUGUUAAGCCAGCCUUAGGUGGUAGUUUUACGGAUCUUGCAAUGUGGAUUUUUUGCCCCUUCAAUGGGCCAGCUACUCUAAAGGUUGGUGUUGUGAAUGUUCCUCUUAACAAAGUCGGUCAGCAUGUAGGUGAUUGGGAGCAUUUCACACUCCGAGUGAGCAAUUUCACAGGAGAAUUGUGGAGUAUCUAUUUUUCUCAGCACAGUGGUGGUGAAUGGGUGGAUGUUUAUGAUUUGGAGUUUAUUGCAGGAAAUAAAGCUAUUGUUUAUUCAUCAAAGAGUGGUCAUGCUAGCUUUCCUCAUCCUGGAAAUUACCUUCAAGGGUCGUCAAAGCUAGGGAUUGGAAUUAGAAAUGACGCUGCCCGUAGUAAUCUCUAUGUAGAUUCAAGUACCCAGUAUGAAAUAGUGGCAGCAGAGUAUCUGGGCCAUAAAGCUGUCAGUGAGCCAUGUUGGUUACAAUAUAUGAGAGAGUGGGGUCCAACCAUUAUUUAUGACUCAAGAAAGGAGCUUGAGAAAAUUGUUAAUCACUUGCCAAUGAUUUUUCGAAAUUCAGUACAGAGUAUUUUUGAUAAGCUGCCAAUGGAACUGUUUAAGGAGGAAGGCCCUACAGGGCCAAAGGAGAAGAACAAUUGGGUUGGAGAUGAAAGAUGGUAGCACAUUUGUAUUUUGUGUCUUUGGGUAUCUUACUCUUGCCAGUAGAUCAGAAUUUGCCUGUUGUAGUUUGUUGUACCAUUAUGUAUAGAUUCCUCUUACUCUAUGACUCGAGUGUUCAAAUUACAAGUACACGAGAAAUGGGCUUUGUAGUUGCUUUAGCUUAGCAAUUUUUAGUACAUUGAGGAUCCUACAAGUUCAUUGUAUGGCAGGAGUUUUGUUGAUUCUUUGGUUAUCUGCAAAAGGAAAGCAGAAUACACUACUCAUAAACCAAGAGGGCAUCAAGCACUCGGUUUUUCUUUGCUGAGCUGUCUGAAGUUUUAUGAGGACAUUCCUCAAUCCAAAUCCCAACUUCAUUGCAAGUUAAAGAAAAGGACUUCUGUAUGAUGCCCUCUAUCUUUUCUUCUCCCAGCCUACGUUCUUUACUGUAUGAGCAAGCUAUAUGUCAGUAUAAAGUUUGGCAUUGGCAGACUCCUCUGCAUCCCACUAAUCUAACCAGGUAUACACUUGGGAGAAUGAUCGUUUGGUUCGCAAACAAGGUCAUGGAUAACAAUGUGGGGGUUGUGGUACGGGGAUUAAUAAUCACUGGAUUAUUUAGUUCAUAUGCUUUUUAGUGAAUGUUUUGUUCAUUGCACUAAUUAGGACUCGUAUACACUGUGUAAAUAAAUAGAACUUCACAAUUUUAACCUGUGUUUGAUGUAAAUAAAAGAAAUCACCUAGUGUUUUUGCGGA